GUUGAAAGCAGAAGAGAGCAGAGAGGUAGAGAAGAAGAAGAAAAAGAAGUAGAAGAAGAAGCAGAUGCUUUAAAUCAGCUCCUGAUCAUGUGACCUGGUAAAAGACCACAACCACAGCAAAAUGAAGCUUCUUCUGAAGAGAGCGACAUCUUGGAUGACUUCCUCCUCCAACUGAAGUGUGUUUCUGAAAGCUUUCGGUUGGCUCCUGGAACACAUCAGCUCGUGCCUGACAGUGAUGGGGUCACGGGGUCAAACGCUGGCCUGGACCGUGCUUCCUGUGCUGCUGCUGGGAAUGACCUGUCCGUCAUCACACGGUUCCCUCGUGAAAGUCAAUAAGGGCGUAAAGGUGAAGCGGGGUCAGUCGGCCUACCUCCAGGACGGCGACCUGCAGUUCCAUAUCCCCCGUCAGAAGGACGCGUGCAAGGUGGAGGUGGUGUUAAAUGAGCCCAUGACUCAACGAGUGGGAAAGGUCCUGCCUCAGGUGUUUGAUUGCCACUAUCUGGCUAAUGAGGUGAAGUACGUCCAUAACGGAUGUCCCUUGUUGAAGGAGGACUCCGUGAAGCUUCGACUGUACAGGUUCACAGAGACAGAGACACACAUGGAGGUGUUUUCUCUCCACGUGGACAUUAUGGUCCCUGAAUGCAGCAUCAUAAAGCUGGGGCCCAAAUCCCUGCAGGUUCCUGAAUUCUACAGCUUCUCUGACGCUGUGGACGGCAAUGUGGUGUCCUUCCAUUAUGAGCAGCGGUCCAGUCUGGAGUGUAGCAUUCAUCUGAGUGGCCAUGACAUCCACCUGCCGGCCCACGGCCAACUUGUCACCGGAGAACCAGAGAAGGCCACGAUAAGAGGGGACGAGCCAGAGAGCUUCAUCCCCCUACGCCAGCAGCUAGAUAAUAAAGCCAGAGCAAUGUGUAAAUCUGAAGACUGCCUGAAGGGUCUGAAGCUUGUGAAGCUCACCAAGAUUCCCUGUGAUGACUUCCUGUUGAUGGGGCUGAGGUACCAGCACAUAGACCCUCCGUCUCCAGACGUAGAUUACAUCGCCAUCAGACUGGAGCUCAAGGACACCCGCAGUGGCAGCACAUAUCAGUCUGAACAGGCCUGGAUUCCUGUGCAAAUCGUCGGGGCGUUGUCCAACCAGCCGCCCAAACCAUCCUUCAUGUCCAUGUUCAUCCUGGAAGUGGACCAGUUCAUCCUCACUCCACUCUCCACUGCCACACUAGACACUGAAGACGAAGAAACUCCCAAACAGCUGUUGGUGUUCAACAUCACCAAAGCGCCCAUGGAUGGCUUCAUCACCCAUCUGUCCGAUCACACUCGGCCAAUCUCCUCUUUCACAUGGCUGGACCUCAACGACAUGCUCAUUGGGUACCAACCUCCGAACUCCUCCAACACCCACCGCAGGAAUUACGAGAUCGAAUUUGAGGUUCAUGAUUUCUUCUUUGAGAAGAGCCCAUCGAUGACUGUCCAUAUGUCUGUAAGGAACGCAGAGACCAAUGCACCCCGAGUGUCUUGGAACAUGGGCCUCAGUCUAUUGGAGGGUCAGUCUCGGCCAAUAAUGUGGGAGCAGCUCCAGAUUGUGGACAACGACAACCUGGACGCUGUCCGCCUCAUCACGGUGGACGGCCUGCAGCACGGACGGCUCACUGUCAGAGGGGGAAAGGGCUUCAUGUUCACCGUCAAGGACAUUAAAGCGGGCGUGGUUCGCUAUCACCAUGACGACAGCGACUCCACCAAAGACUUCAUCAUCUUCCGCAUCACCGACGGCCUCCACCAGACCCGGCACAAGUUCCCCAUCAAGAUCCUGCCGAAGGACGACAGCCCCCCGAUGCUCAUCACCAACAUGCUGCUGGAGGUGUCGGAGGGCCAGAUGGCCUUACUGAGAGGCUCCACCCUCCAGGCUUCAGACAUGGACUCCAGCGACGACUACAUCCUCUUUAACAUCACCCGCCCCCCACAGGCAGGGGAGCUUAUGAAGAUGCCGCCAUCAGGACUCGCAGGUUAUCCCGUCAGCCACUUCCUGCAGAGGGACCUGUCUCAGUCCAUGGUUUACUAUCGACACCUAGGGAGCGAGGUGUUUGACGACUUCUUUGAGGUGGUGCUGUCCGAUUUCCAUGACCCCCCCAACCUGUCAGAGCCUCAAGUGGUGGUGGUGCACAUAGAGCCAGUUCCAGACCAACCACCCAAGGAGGUUCCUGGUUCCAGUCGGUAUCUCGUGGUCAAAGAAACAGAAGUGGUCCAUAUAACCCAGCAACAGCUUCACUUUGUCGACAAGGAGUCUCCAGACAGUGAGCUCACCUAUACGGUUACUACUACACCUUUCUACGCUGGUCCUCAAAGCAGUCCAGAUGCUGGGAGGUUGUUCUUAGUGGACAGCAUACCCAAGUUCACCAAAGACUCCGAUGCACCGGUGCUGAGGCUCUUCACACAGCAUGCAGUGAACUUCAUGAAGGUAGCCUACAUGCCUCCAGUCAUGGACAUCGGCCCUUACCCCCAGUACAUCCAGUUUGUGCUCUCCGUCACCAACCUGCUGGGAAAGACCGUCACUGGGAUCUGCUUCAACAUCACUGUGGUGCCAGUGGACAACCAGCCGCCACAGGUUGUUACCAACCCUCUGACUGUAGAUGAAGGAGGGCAGUGCUGGCUGGGCCCUGAACACUUGGUUCUGUCGGACGUGGACUCUGUGGAAGAAGCCCUGCAGGUGGCGCUGCAGAGGGAACCGCAGCAUGGAGCUCUGCAUCUCAGCGGCGGCCCGCUGAAACCGGACCAGGCUUUCACUGUGCGAGACCUAAAAGGCCUUAAAGUUAGGUACACUCACGACAGCUCAGAAACCGCCGAGGACCACAUUGACCUCACAGCGACAGACGGACACAAUUCAGUCAGCUUCAUCCUCCAAGUGAAGGUGGUGCCCGUCAAUGACGAGGUCCCAGUGAUGGUGGCUGGUCUGAAGCCGGUCCUCAGCUGUGCGGAGGGACAGGAAGUCGUCAUCACGGCUGAGUACAUCACCGCCACCGACGCCGACAGCGACAACAGCAGCCUGGCCUUCCUCAUCGCCCGGCAGCCGCACCACGGCGUGGUUCUCCGGGACGCCGUCGUGGUCGAUCGCUUCAUCCAGGCAGACGUCACCGCCAGGCUCAUCACCUACAAACACACAGGGCUGGAGAUCGGACUCACUCCUCGCCAUGACACCAUCACCUUUGUGAUAUCCGACGGAGAAGAAAAGCCCACCAAGACCAGAGAGGUGACUCACAGCCUGCCUGUGUACGACCUCCAGAUCACUGUGUUCCCAGUGGACAGCCAGCCCCCUUCUCUCACAGCAGGAGACAUCUUUACAGUGGAUGAAGGUGGCUCCGCCCCCAUAACCACAUCUCAUCUGAAGGCCUCCGACGUGGACACGGCUCUGGACAGACUGGUGGUCAGUCUCAUUUCAUCACCCCGCUUCGGCUACAUAGAAAAUGUUCUGCCCAGUCCUGGCUUUGAAAAAAGCAACACGGGCAUAAGCAUAGCUUCCUUUCCAUACAAAGACAUCAUUGCGGGUCAUGUGAACUACGUCCAGUCCAGACACCAGAGGAUGGAGCCCACAGCGGACCAGUUCAUGUUCUGUGUGUCGGAUGGCACGCACAGCUCCGCCCACAUCCCCUUCUACAUCAUCAUCAACCCGACCAACGACGAGAGCCCGCAGUUUGUGGCUCGGAACAUCACAGUACGAGAGGGAGGAGCCAAGCAGCUGGACUCGUCCAUUUUACAUGCGGGGGAUCUGGAUGUGCCCGAGGACCGCCUGCUCUUCAGUGUGGUCCGAGCCCCGCAGCACGGCAUCAUAAUGUCCCACCACAGUGAGACCAGUCCUCAGACCAGGCCUCAGAUCCCUGUGGUGGACUUCACAAUGACCGAUCUGUCAAAUGGUAUGGAUCUGAUGUACAUGCACGAUGACUCAGAGAACACGGAGGACAGUUUCAUCAUUCAGGUGAGCGACGGCAGGCACCAACUCCAAAGACAGGUGACGGUUAAAGUGCUGCCAGUGAACGACGAGAAGCCGCAAGUCAUCAGGAACAACGGACUGCAGGUGGACUUGGGAGAAGCCCGGCUGAUUUCUAGCAUUGCCCUGUUUGCACAGGAUGGCGACACUCCUUCUGCAGAGGUCAUGUACACGUUCAGCAGUGUUCCCACCCAAGGACUACUCCAGCUGAAGGAAGGUCAGGACUGGAGGACAUUGACAGCAGGGACGAACUGCAACCAGGAGAUGGUGAACAUGAACCUCCUGCGCUACGUGAACACGGGGGCUAAAACGCAGGACUUCUUUGUCUUCUAUUUGUCGGAUGGAGACAAUCAAUCGCCCCGCCAGCACUUCCACAUCUCUGUCAAAGAUCUGGAAAAAGGAAACAUUGCUGUGUUCGUGAAGCCGGCCAACGUCAACCGUGGAGACCGCGUGGUUCUCACCACGGACGUGCUGCUGGCCACAGACGGCACCGAGAGGCCAGAGGAGCUUCUGUACAUCGUCACUGACCCUCCGGCUCACGGACACGUGGAGUACAUCAAGCACCCUGGAGUGGCCAUCGCCACCUUCAGCCAGAUGGAUGUAGCGGCCAACCUCGUGGCUUACGUGCACGACAAUCGAGCCACCGCACCCACGGAAACCUUUCGGUUUGUUGUGAGUAACGGUAAAACCAGCCGCAACGGGAGCUUUGUGGUCGCCGUGGAGAUGGUGGACCGCAUCCUGCCGUCUCUAUCCUCCAACAGAGGCCUCUCGGUUCCCCAAGGCUCCUCCAUGAUCCUCGGUGCUGACUGUCUGGUCCUGUCUGACCCCGACACGCCGCCGGCCGCCCUGACCUUUGUCCUGCUCCAGCCUCCACAAUACGGAGAAUUGCUUGUGGGAGGAGCUACACUGACUUCGGGCUCCAACUUCACCCAGAGAAACAUCCAGAAGAUGGAGGUAACUUACCACCAUGACGGGGGGGCGGCGGAGAUCGACCGCUUUGCCUUUACUGCCUCUGACAGCACCAGACGGGGUUUCCUGCUGGACGGACGGCUGCACACGGAACCUGUGUUCUUCACUAUCCAGAUCAAGCCUCUGGAUAAGUCUUGCCCUGAGGUGGUCAGGUUGCUUCCUCUCUGGAAGGCGGAGCCUCUCGGGGACGGACGACACGGCAUCUCUGUGUCCUCUCGAGAGCUGAAGGCCCAGGACCGACACAGCAGAGAGGAGGAGCUCAUCUUCUGCAUUGUUCGACAGCCCUACUUCGGCUACCUGGAAAACACGACCACAGGCGGUUUUGUAGCACAGCGCUUCUCUCAGACGGAGCUGAAUAAGAGAACCAUCGCCUACAUCAUCAACCCAGACGGGGAGGCCCUCUCAGACAGCCUGGAGUUCACCGUGUCGGAUCCCUUGGGGAACACGGGGCCCCCUCACAUACUGGAGUUCAGCUGGUCCAGCGUGGAGCUGUCUCAGCCCCAGUACUCUGUGUGUGAGGACCAGGGAUCCGUCUCACUGGACCUCUUCCGUAGAGGAAACCUGGCCGAGUCCUCAUACGUCACUGUCAAGGUGAAGGAGGUGACGGCAACAGCUGGAAAAGACUUCCGCACAAGCCCUUCUUCCCUCAUCCAGUUUGAUCCAGGCGUGUCCAAGAGGAGCUGGCAGAGCGAGAUCAUUCAGGAUCACCUGGAGGAGACCGUGGAGGUGUUCGAAGUGCUGCUGGUCUCCCCUGAAGGCGCCGUGAUCGGCAGCAUCAGCAAGGCUCAAGUCACCAUCAGGGACUCGGGGAGCGGUCAGCUGCACCAGGAUCAGGAGGCUCCUCUUCUUGUAGGAAAAGAGGUUCGGUCAGACCCGUACCCCCAACAUGGAUCCAUUGAGCUGGAGAAGCUGCCCCUUGGCACCGACUCAGUGAUCUGGACUCGUGGAGACAGCAUCUCCAGGCCCGGACCACUGCCCACAAAAAAGAAACUUCAAGUUAUGGGCAACCCAAAGUCUAUUGCACCUUCAUCGGUUCUUCACAACGGGACCGACUUGGUUUUCACGUAUCAUGGCAUCAUGCACAUGCAAGUAGAGGACAACACCUCCCCAUCGAGGAAGGGCAGGAAGGCAAACAUCCGUGUGGUUAGCAGGAGAGCACAGACCCAGCAGGUGGUGCCAGCUGUUCUCACUGAGUCAAAGUCAGAGCCUCACAGACAGAUCUCAAAACCACAAAGAACCGCACUGGCUACAGAACAUGCUAAAGCUGAUGACAUCAUAGCGAAGCCGUGUGUGCCAGAGCUGAUGGGACUCCUGCAUUUCAACCAGACAAGCAAUCAGCUCUUCCACUGCAAUGGAGUCUCCUGGAAACCCUGGGCACCAACCCAUCAGAUGGUGAGUGCUCAGACGUGCGGUCAAGGCUGGACCUUUCAUGGUGGCUACUGCUACUCCCUCAGCAGCGAGCCCAAAGUCACAUGGAGCACAGCUAACCGGGCCUGCAGAGAGAGAUACAAAGGCUCUUUAGCAAGCGUUCUCUCUAAAGCCAACAUGGACUGGCUGUGGGACUUCAGCGGGAGGAAACCAUUUUGGAUAGGCCUGAAUGACCGGGACGGCCGAGGACGCUGGGAAUGGGCGGGCAGCGAGCCGGUCGGCUACACCAACUGGAGGAAGACGCCUCCUCGGUCCAAAGGGAAGGGGAACAAGAAGUGCGUCCUGGUCUGGAGAAGAGCAAAGUGGCAAAUCAGGGACUGCAAGACGAGUCGAGCUCAUCGCUUCGUGUGCUCAAUAAAAACGUGAUUCCGACCGUGUUUACAGCCUCACAGCCAUGAACCACCGUGUUGAUCCAGGAGGGGGAAGCACCGAUCCUUGGGACAUCGAAACUGCAAUACAACCUUCCAAUAAGGAUCAAAGAGAACUUUGCUGGAACUGUUUAUAUCAUUUAUAACUAUAGAACAAUAUUUUUCCUGCAAGUAACCUGAGGCAUUGUUUAUGCUGCAUCUAUUCUAAUUAACCACUGAAAGUAUUUCUUAUGUACUGAAGCCCUGAGAGGCAAGUGAUAAAAAGCUCUGGUGAUCCAUUUU